AUGAAAACAUCGCAGCUGGAGAGGAUGGCGCCCCUGUUUAGGAACGUCCACGCAAUCGGAAAGAAGAUGAGACCCUUCUCCGACUACGUGUGGAUGUGCGAGGUGGAUGAGCAGAAAGGGUUAGCUGUAGGGAAGACAUACAGGAAUGCAAAACAGGCCCCAGCCUUCAUGCACUCCAUAGCAGAAGUUGAAAGGAAGAAGGUGGAAGUGGAGAUGUCUGCCUCCAAGUUCAUCUCCAUAAUGGUUGAUGGAUCCACAGACAGCAGUGUAAUGGAAGAGGAGUUACUCUACGUUAGAUCGAGCAGAGCAGGAAAAGUCAAGGUGCAGUUUGUGGGGAUCCAGGCACUAGAAAAGGCAGAUGCUGAACAUGUAACAGAUGCAAUAUGUUCCAUGAUGUCUGCAGUCAGUGGCAGUGAGGAUGAAUGGAAGGAGAAACUAGUUGCUUGUGCAACAGAUGGAGCCGCAGUAAUGACAGGAUCCAAGACAGGAGUGAAGCCCAUUGAACAGAGCUACAUUAAAGAAGAGUUUCUCAGUGCUGGGCAUGAAACCCCUGAUGCCCACCAGAGUAGGAGGUACAAGACCAAAUCACCAGACACUGAAAGGGUCAAUGCCAGUCAGCGGAACCAGGCACAAGGAUUCUGCAAGUGGGCAACAGAUGGAGCCACUCUGAAGUUUUGCUGCUUCAUGCAUGACACCUUGACUCAUCUUGGCAACCUGUCAGUGACACUGCAGCAGUCAUGUUUGACAGUGGCUGAUGUCGACAGUUGUCUUACUUCCACUCAGGCUGUGAUCUGCAAAUACAAAUCCAGACCUGGACCUAUGCUGAGCAAGGUGUUGGAUUCCACCAGCUACGAAGGUGUCAGGCUUAGCCAUAGUGACACCAGCCAAAUGAUGGCUAACAAAGACAAACUUCUGGACAAGCUGUCAGAAAGCAUGGACAACAGGUUUAGUGAUGUCGGGUCAGGAAUCCUGAGCAAUACGAAGAUCGUGAGCUUCCAACAGUGGCCUAAUGAAUAUAAUGAAGACUUCGGCGAUUCAGAGGUGGAGAGGCUCAUAGAUCACUUCAGGCCAGUAUUGAUCUCUGCUGGAGUUGAUGUUGAUCUGAUCCCAGACCAGUGGACCAUUGUCAAGUCCUAUCUCUACAAGGAGCCAACGACCUUGGAGAGACUCACCUGGUCUGAAGCCAACCGGAUGCUGAGAGGAUCGUGCCCUGACAUCUUAGACCUUUUGGCUCUGGUGUUAUGCAUGCCAGCAUCCACAGCGGACUGUGAGCGUGGGUUUAAUGUGAUGAAGAUAGUGAAAUCUGACUGGCGGUCUAGUCUCAAGUGUGAGACACUGUCUGACCUCCUCAUGAUGCAUCUGUCCUCUCCGUCAAUAAAAGAUUUUGACCCAAGCCCAGCGGUCCAGGUGUGGCAUGCUAGCAGCUUGAGGUCACGGAGACCAGACCUCAUGGAAAACCGAGCUGCUGCAGUGGUGGAGGAAGUGGAGGAAUCCGAGGGGAGUGUCUGCUCCUCCUCUUUUGAGGACUCAGAGCCCUCAGUCUAUGCUCUUUAAAAAGCAACAAAACCUUUAAUAUGUACAAAGUUAAAAAUACCAUUUUGAUAUUAAUGUAAUACACUACAGUGAUGAUACAAUUUCCCGUCCUCUCGUUUGGAGAACGCGACCUUAGUUUACCUUUUGUCUUUCGUAUAGUAUUUUGAGUUGUCCUUGUAAAUAAACCCUUCGUGUUAUUGCCCGUUCGUGUGUCGCGUCACUCUUCUUCACCAGUGGGUCCUACUAAAUGUUACUCCCCUCUUCCCCUAGCCUUGGGGACGUAACAAUUGCAAUAAAUGAGACCAUCAGUGAGAUGAUUGGCUGUU